GGAGAGCAGAGAGAGAAGGGUAGGGUCCCAGAAGUGAAAAAGAGGGAUGGCCAUAUGCACCACUGCUCUACACUGCCUUACCGUGUGGGUUAUUCUAUUGGCUUCCACAUAGGACGCAUGAUAUCAAGGAAAUAAAGCAUGAGCAGUCGUUAGUGUGUAGUGGAGGGUACUGAGGCUAGCAAUGGAGUGGUGUAUGAUAACAAACACUAACAGACCCACUCAGAUGGCCAGCAGCGUGGGACCAGCCAGCAGCAGAAAGUGUAACGUGUGUCCCCGCUUCCACCAACACUGAGUGGACUCAGUCCUCUCCUCUUUACCAAGGAGCAGGGCGGCAGAAUGCCCAGUCCUGUCACCCUCCACAGUCUGUUGAAAAUGCAUUGGUCUCCGGAGCACGUGGCCCCCCUGUCCCAGUGGCCUGAGCAGCACCUAGAUGUGUCCUCCACCACCUCCCCCCCCUCCGUCCACAAACACGAUCCCUACGCCACCGCAGGUCGCUGCGGUUACACCCCUGCAGCCGGCUACCCCUGGGCCAGUGAUGACAUCUCGGCCCUCACUGCCUCCUCCUUGUUAAAACACUAUGCCGAGAAGUACUCAGGUCUGGAGUUGCCCUAUGAGAGACCUGCCCCAGGGGCAUAUUCAGAGCCUGGGUCUUUCCUGAAGAGUGAGGCUGAGCCGUGGUCCCUGGGGCAGGGAAUGGAGUGUUACUCUGGGCUGGAGGCCCUGGCUGCAGGGGCCAAAGUGGGCUCAGUGUCAGUGGGCCUCACUGGCACGGGCAGUGUGACGGUAGUGAGCAGUAACUUGACCUCUGAUCCCGGAUAUAGCAGCAGUGGCUCCUGUAAUGGGCCUCCCUCUCAGGACUACCCACCCUCCUACAACAGCAGCUACCUCUCCUCUGGAUACUACCCACAGACUGGCUCAGCACUUCCCCCAGCCUCUCUACACUCUCUGCAUACCACCCCCACCUUGGUGCCCAGCUACAACCUUAACAAUCCAGUCUACAACUACCUGCCAGGCUGCUACCCCCACCCCCAGACCAGCCUGGCAUCUGGCUACAGCCACCCCAGUGCCUCCUACCUCCCCUCAGGGCUGAGCACCUCUACCUCCCUGACCCCCCGGCCCACCGUGGUGGGGAGCAGCUAUGGAUACCCCAGCCACAGCCUAGGGGCCAGCUCUGAAACAGGAGGGCCACUGAAACGCAAGGCCGUUGAGAUGGUGGAAGAGGAGGAGGAGGGAGGAGGAGAGGGGGAGGGCUCCCAGUACAGGAAGUACGGCAAUGUCCAUGGAAAUGGCCACAGCAAGAGCCACUGCAACAGCUACGCCAUGGCGGGCUCAGAAGGCCAGGCUUACAAGCCUGGCAAGCCAUUGGUGUUGCCUCCUUAUGGUGGGCAGAGGGAGUACAGCCCCUCCUCAGGCCUAGGUGGGGAGAGCAGGGGAGGAGGGGAACACGGCUUCCCCCAUCAGAGGCUGGCCAUGAAGAUGCCUGCGUCACGUGUGCGAUCUGAUGACCCCACUGGAGGACGCUAGGUCAGGCACUUGAGAAGACAGCUUUCUGGGGGUCCCUCCUUUGUAUUGGCAUUUGAAAACCAAGUAGAGUACUUACUCAGCCAAUAACUGGGGGGAAACAAUCGUUGGAUUUUGCAAAGAAAGGUCAUGUGAUCUAACCAGUCAGGAGAGAAAAUGGCAAAUGACUUGUAUCCUCCUCUUACAUCUUUAUCAUUUUAAUUAUUUGAUUUUCUCCAAAGAGUCAAUGGGCACUUUGUCCUGUAGGGGUGUGGAUUGGAUG